AUGUUCUUGCGGCGGCCUGUAUUCAUUACCUUCGCUCUCUUAUUUGUGGCCAUGAUUGUGGUCCUCGAGGUGCUCUUCGGCCUCUCGAAAAGGAAUCAAGGGGUAACCGAGAGUGAUGCCGGCCUCAGAUAUCUGUGGACCUACGGACCGACAGCCUUCCUGACCCUAGUUCACGCGCUCUGGAACCGCGUAGACUAUGAGGCCAAGGCGACGGCGCCGUGGCUCAAGGCUGAUCCGGUCCUGAUCGGCCGGGACGCCUUGCUACUCGAUUACGUCGACAUGCUUCCUAUAGAGGUACCCUUCCGGGCCUUGAAGCGCCGUGAUUUCGUGGUAGCCGCAAGCUCCACGAUAUCGCUGCUCUUAACCGCGCUGAUCGUCCUAUCUACGGGUCUGUUCACUCUCUCCCCCGUACAGAUCUUCGACCAGUCCGUACCUAUAUCGCUACAGAGUCGGUUUGUCGAUGAUCUGGCCCGUCUCUCCACCCCGUCUGCCCUCCCUUUCUACGGGUUACGGGGGCUCGCCGAGGCCAACCUAAAGUAUCCCGAUGGCUGUUCAAGUCAAUAUGCCUACCAGUCCUUCGCAUCCGACCUACAGGGGAUCUCGGAGCUGCAUGCAACAGUCGAUGGCAUGUAUAUGGAUCUCGAUUGCGAGAAAGCGUCCGUGAGGGAUUUGCGCCUCACUCACAUCAUCUGGACGAACAUCAGCUCCAUGGUCUGGGGCUCAGAACUGAAUCUGGAGUACGGGGACUGCAGAGCUCCGGUAACAUUUGACGCCAACCCUCUCGCUCCCAUGAUGCCAUACGUGCCGUUCAGAGCGACCAACACCGAGACCACCUUCGUACAUCGUAACGUGCACCUAGUCGCAGCGGGAGGGCUCACCCCGGGCCAGUGCGGGACCGGGGGUCUGGACCACAAUCGUCUGGUGUACCUUUCCCUAGAGCUAUAUUACAAGCUGGCCAACGAGACCGAGACCAAGUAUUUCGACACGGACGCCGUUCGGCUCGACUUUGAGGUUACUGACGCGAAGUCUGCCGCCUUAGUGUGCGCCCCAACCUACGGCAUAACUCCCGUCGAUGUCGUCCGCAACGCCACGGGGAUAAUGAGUGUCACUCCUCACGGCGACGACCCCCCAAGAUUGUUUCCGGGCAUCCACCCCUGGAAUAUCAUGCAGGCCAAUUUAGAUACCUUCGAAACCCUCCGCGCCGAGCCAAUCUCUAUCGGUAAUGCGACCGUCGAUGAUUACGCUUCAGAGGUCUUCAGGACCUGCGGGGAUCCGUGUUCGCAGUUUUCAUCUAUGCUGGACGCUCCCCUGGUUGAGGAUCUCAUGUCAAAGUAUUACCGGAAGUACGCGUCGUUUCUCCUCCACCAGUCGCUUAUGGUGCCGGCUGACAUAGAGUCUACCGCCGCGGUAUCGAGGGUUGUGGAUCGCCUGUUCGUUCAAGUGACAGCGUGCCAGUGGAUGGUUGGCAUCAUGGUUCUCUGCGUAAUAAUACUAGCGUGGCUAUCCUCGAGGCGGACCGAGAGUCUCACUGUCUCGAUCCCCCCCGGGUCCAUCCUGGCCACUGCCGCCCUUGCCGGGCACGUUGUAGCCUCAAAGUUCCCCCGCGACCUCGGGGCGGUGGAUGCCAAGACUCUGGAAGCGAGGAUAGGGGAAUGGAGCGACAACGUCCACGCGACGUACCAGUAUCCUGUCGAUAGGGACGCGCCUCGUAGCGGGUCCGCGGCUAGAGGCGGCUGGAAACAAGAAGCUGAUGGUCUACUCAAACCAUCCGGCGGGCUCAAACCCGUCUAUCCUUUCGUCCUACGACCUAUCUUCCGAAUCGCAAUCUAUGCCGUGGUUGUCGGUUGUGUCGUGGCUUUGGAGCUCGUCCUCCAGAAAUCGAACCGUGAAGAAGGGUUAGGGGAUGUCUACGACGAUACCUACCUUCACUACGUAUGGACUGUCCUUCCUGCCGCAUUUUUCAGCCUCUUGGGACUUGUCUUCGUCUCGGCCGAUUCCCAAACCCGGCUUUUAGUGCCGUAUCACUCCUUAACCAGAGGCGCGCCGAUGGAUGAAUCAAUCGACGUGGACUUGCUGCGCCCUCUGAUGCCGCAAGUGCUCCACGAGCAAUUCAGAACCCGCAGCGCCGGCCCGCUAAUGACUACCGUCGCCGCGCUGAUCGCGUCCACGUUCGCUAUCGGCACGGGCUCGCUGUACCGGGCCAGGACGUUCCCGAUCGCCAGCCCCGUGGAGCUCCGGACGACGAGCACCUUCUCGGUCGCGACCCACACGGGCGCAGAUUCGAACCUCGAGUCGUCGCUCAUCCUGGCAAGUAACCUCUCAUACUCGUCGUUAGCGUACGAGAACCUCGUGUUCCCGGAGUUCUCGCUCGAGAAAUACGUGACAACAAACGCCUCCCAGGUCUCAGACGAGUCCUCGAUCGUCAUCGAAGCGACGGUCCCGGCGAUACGGCCUCAGCUCUCCUGCCACCUCUAUUCGGAAUCCGACAUCACAUAUACCUUCUUCCGCAACCAGACAAUCGGUUCCAGUAUCAACCGGUGGGUAUCUGACGGCUUUGCGAUCAACAUCACGGGGGAGUCUUGCCCUGGCCGAUGGUUCCCAGAGACACUGAUGGUGAUACCCAAUAACACGGCGACCUUUACGAUGGACUUCCCCGCGGAGGGUUAUUUUGGUACGGGUUCCAACGUCAAGAGACGCUCCGUGUCCGGCUGUAGCUAUUUCCUAUAUACGUGGGGUAAGUUCUCCGCGUCGACAGACCCGCCGUCCCUGUCGGCAUCUGCCUUGGGCUGCAACGCCACCGCCGAAGCUGUCGACGUAACCGUCACUCUAAUAGGGCCUCGGCUCCAACUGGAUCCAUCGCGGCCGCCGCGCCCGAUCGAAUCAACCGCGCGUCCGGUGCCGAUCGAGGAGGUCGAGGGGGGUGAUUCGGCCAAGAUUCCCAUGCUCAUCCCGCUCACCAUGUACGACAACCUGGCGUCGCUCCCGCCACCCAGCAAUAACACCACGUUCGAUGCUUUCUUCGAGCAGCUCGUCACCUCGCGCUACGCUGUGCCCCUCUCCGCAGUAGGCGACCCCGCCCAAGCGGCGACGGUCCGGGACGCGAUCACGUUCCAGCAUGGUGUCAUCGCUGCCCAGUACUACAGCAACACAUACCGGACCGGCGUCCCGACCGAGCCCACAACGAUCACGACACCGCUAUUCCCUUCGCUAUCCGAGGCGUCUUCGCCAGCCGGCGGCGACACGGGCGUCUACCCGGGCACGGCAUCCGACCCGUACGGGAGGCGGCGGCUGGCGCAGGACACGGCGUCGACGCGGGUGCUCGAGGCGCUGCUGCUAGGCACGCUGGCUCUCUCGCUGGCGGGGUGGGCGCUCGGCCCGCGGGGCGCGGUGCUGCCGCGCAGCCCGUCGGGGAUCGCGGGGGUGCUGGCGCUGCUGGCGGGCGGCGACGUGCUGGAGCGGCUGUACCAGGGCCGGGACGGGGACGGCGGGGCGCGGUGGGAGAGCUUGGCGGAGGCGCGGUCGGCGUUCCCGGCGGAGUGCAGCUUCUGGAUGGGCUGGGGCCCGGCGCCGGGCGGCGGCGAGCAGAGGUUCGGCAUCUGGGCGGUGAAGGUGAACUAG